UCCCCGCGGAGAGUGUGCACCAGGCCCCGGGGAGAGGACAGGAGGCUGGGCCAGAAUCCCCCGUCGCUCCCGGGUCCUCCUGGCCGCCGGCGGGGCCUGUGCGCCGCGCGGUUCGCCGCCGGGGAGAGGGGCGGGGGAAGGCGAGCGGGACGGACGGACGGACAGACGGACGGGGCCGGGCUGCAUCUCGGGACAGCGCGGAGCGGGAAGGCCCCGGAGAAAGCUGAGCUGGGCGGCGGAGGAGGCGGCGGCCACCUCGGCGGCGCAUCCCGGGAAGAGUCGGGACCUCCCCGCCGCCCUCCUCCUCCUCCCACGAUCUGCAGCUCCUCGUCCCGCGGAGAGCGGAGCCGCCAGUGCCGCCCCGGCUGGGACCCGCUGGCUGACACCUCCGGAGCGCGGGGCUGGGGGCACGGAGCUGGAGCUGCGCGCCUGGAGCGGAGGAGGGGGAAGGACCACUUGCCUGCGCGGAGCAGCGGGCGCUGAGCGCCCGUCCCGGCGGCCCGGCAGCCACCCGGGGAAGGGAGUAAUAUGUGGGAGGCUGUGGACUAUUUGCUUCCGACAUAGGAACAACUUUGGGUUUGGAAUCUGCACUCCUGAGAGAAUGCUGGGAAUCUGCAGAGGGCGACGGAAAUUCUUGGCUGCCUCUCUGACCGUCCUUUUUGUCCCAGCUAUUACAUGGAUUUAUCUGUUUGCUGGGAGUUUUGAAGAUGGGAAGCCAGUGUCGCUGUCUCCACUUGAAUCCCAGCCCCACAGUCCUCGGUACACGGCUUCGAGCCAGCGGGAGCGCGAGAGCUUGGAAGUCCGCAUGCGGGAGGUGGAGGAGGAGAACCGCGUGCUGCGCAAGCAGCUCAGCCUGGCACAGAGUCGCAGCCCCUCUCAUCACCAUGGCAAUCACUCCAAAACCUACUCCAUGGAAGAGGGGACAGGUGACAGCGAGAGCCUGCGGGCUGGCAUUGUGGCAGGGAACAGCUCCGAGUGUGGGCAGCAACCAGCAGUGGAAAAAUGUGAGACUAUCCACGUUGCCAUUGUUUGUGCAGGGUACAAUGCCAGUCGGGAUGUUGUCACACUUGUCAAGUCUGUCUUAUUUCACAGGCGAAACCCACUCCACUUUCACCUCAUCGCAGAUGCAAUUGCCAAACAGAUCCUGGCAACUCUGUUCCAGACAUGGAUGGUCCCUGCUGUGCGCAUCGACUUCUAUGAUGCAGAUGAGCUCAAGUCGGAAGUGUCUUGGAUCCCCAACAAACACUACUCUGGGAUUUACGGGCUGAUGAAGUUGGUUCUGACUAAGACUCUACCUUCUAAUCUUGAGCGAGUCAUUGUCCUCGACACAGACAUUACAUUUGCCACUGACAUUGCUGAGCUAUGGGCCGUCUUUCACAAGUUCAAAGGGCAGCAAGUUCUUGGCUUAGUAGAGAACCAGAGUGAUUGGUAUUUGGGCAACCUUUGGAAGAAUCACCGACCUUGGCCAGCGCUUGGGAGGGGCUACAACACAGGGGUUAUCUUGCUGCUUCUCGAUAAGUUACGGAAGAUGAAAUGGGAGCAGAUGUGGAGACUCACAGCAGAGCGGGAGUUAAUGAGCAUGUUAUCCACCUCACUGGCUGACCAGGAUAUCUUCAAUGCAGUCAUCAAACAAAAUCCCUUCCUUGUCUACCAGCUCCCAUGUUUCUGGAAUGUGCAGCUUUCUGAUCACACACGUUCCGAGCAGUGCUACAGAGAUGUGUCUGACCUGAAGGUGAUUCACUGGAACUCACCAAAGAAGCUCCGAGUGAAAAACAAGCAUGUGGAGUUUUUCCGCAACCUCUACCUGACAUUCCUGGAAUACGAUGGGAAUUUGCUGAGACGGGAACUCUUUGGCUGCCCCAGUGAGGCAGACAUUAACAGUGAAAAUCUCCAGAAACAGCUGUCUGAGCUGGACGAGGAUGACUUGUGCUAUGAGUUUCGUCGAGAACGUUUCACCGUCCAUCGCACUCAUCUGUAUUUUCUACAUUACGAAUACGAGCCUGCUUCAGACAACACCGAUGUAACGCUGGUGGCGCAACUUUCGAUGGACAGGCUCCAGAUGCUUGAGGCCAUCUGCAAACACUGGGAAGGUCCAAUCAGCCUGGCACUCUAUCUUUCUGAUGCAGAAGCCCAGCAAUUUCUGCGCUACGCUCAGGGCUCGGAAGUACUGAUGAGCCGCCACAACGUUGGCUACCAUAUCGUGUACAAGGAGGGCCAGUUCUAUCCUGUGAACCUGCUAAGGAAUGUGGCCAUGAAACAUAUCAGCACACCAUACAUGUUUCUGUCCGACAUUGACUUCUUGCCCAUGUAUGGACUCUACGAGUACCUCAGGAAGUCUGUCAUCCAGCUAGACCUAGCUAACACCAAGAAAGCUCUGAUUGUACCUGCUUUUGAGACCCUGCGCUACCGCCUCUCCUUCCCGAAAUCAAAAGCAGAGUUGCUGUCUAUGUUGGACAUGGGGACCCUCUUCACGUUCAGGUACCACGUCUGGACGAAAGGGCACGCGCCAACCAAUUUUGCCAAGUGGCGAACAGCCACCACCCCCUACCGCGUUGAGUGGGAAGCAGACUUUGAGCCAUACGUCGUCGUGAGGAAGGACUGCCCGGAGUAUGACAGGAGGUUUGUUGGAUUUGGCUGGAACAAAGUAGCUCACAUCAUGGAGCUGGAUGCACAGGAGUACGAGUUCACGGUGCUGCCCAACGCCUACAUGAUCCACAUGCCGCACGCCCCCAGCUUCGACAUCACCAAGUUUCGCUCCAACAAGCAAUACCGCAUCUGUCUCAAGACCCUGAAGGAGGAGUUCCAGCAGGACAUGUCGCGCCACUACGGCUUUGCAGCCCUGAAAUAUCUCACGGCAGAGAACAACAGCUAGCACCACAGAGCCCGUGUACGGGAAACAGGGACACCGGAGGGAAGAGCCACUCAGCGCGUGGGGCCCAGUCAUCAAAUUCUGAACUGAGAAAUACUUUCUGUUUUUAUAUCAUUCUUGGCAGUUCUAACAGUAGAAAUUUGAAGUGACAUGUCUUCAGACUGUGCUCAUUCGUCCCUUCCCCGACUACCCCAGGCCUUUUGGGCUUUAGCAUUCAUGAGGUGUCUGCGAGUGGAGCCAGCCAGGCGCCCUCCAUGCCAUUGAAGGUGGGGACUGGGCAGGGACUGGGAAUGCACUCUGCUCUCUUAACUGCAGAGCAAAGACAGACCUUCAGAAUAUAGGAUUUCAUGUUGCUAUUUAAUAAUUUGACAUGCUUUUUAUCUGUAAAGGAAGAUCUUCGGGUCGCUGUCCUGUGAAUUUCAAAUCUGCACUACUCUAAAAGGGAACUUUCACCUGUGAACUUUCACAGGGGCCCUGUUAACAUGGAUGACCUUGCUAAUGCAGGAUGAGCCAAAGGUCUGAAUUAGCCUUGAAAACACAGGGGACGCUUAUACAAUACUGCAUUCCCGAGAAGGUGUGUUACUGGUUUAGGUGUAUAAAUGAUAUUGGUUGGUCUUUUAUUCUCAAAUUAGUUGUUUUAUCAGGAAAAUCCCCUAUACCCCACCCUGCCUUUGUCCCAGUCCUAAAUGCUGCUCCUUUCCUUGCCAAGGAAAUGUCUCCCUUGUGUUUCUUUCCCAUCUUCAAUUUCGGUCGUCCAGUAAAGAAGAUCAGUAGCUCUCCUAGAAAGUGAACAAAACUCGUCACUGUAAGGUCUGUUUUCACCUGAGCAACUUGUUCAUGUGUGUCUACUAAGAUAAAGGGUCUGGCUCUAACUCUUUAUCUUUUUUAGGCAAGAAUUGGAUUUUACCUUUAAGGCACAUUGUACCAGGGGAAUAUUGAUUUGUAGGCUCAUUUCAGUGCUACCCAUCCGUGAAGGCUCUGGGCCUUAGGCUUUAAGUGGACUUCUUUGCUGAACAGGGAAUAUAAACUAUUAAAAAGGCAACUAGUAGCCUUGGUGCUCUCCUGCUGCCUGCUGCAAGGUCUCAGAACUACUUCGUUAAAGGAGUUUAUAAUUAAAAGGAGCAGAACUGUUAGGAAUAAACUCCCCAUUCGAGGGGGAGAAAAGAAUCUGUUGGGAAUCUGAGUGAGUGUUUGCUUGAACGUGAACUGGUCAAGUUCACACCAUCAGUACACACAGGAGUAUGCUGGAGGGCGAACAGGAAACCUAACAAGCAAAAUGCAGAAAACAAGACACUGGACUUUUUGCCAUUUUCUUUAUCUUCAGUAUUAAUGUUGUGUUUACAUGGGAUGAAGAGAUGAGGUUUAAUGCACUACCCCUUGCAGGGCUAUUUGUAAUUUUUGUUGCAAUGUUAAUAGAGAAAGCAGAAACAACUCAGUGAGAAAUGUGUCUUGUCUCCCUACCCCAGAUUCCCAUACAGCCACACAUACCAAUACUACUGCCUGAGUUGGAAAAUGAAUCCACAUUGCGUUCUGCUCAUGUAUUUUCCAUUUUGUUUUUCAGCCACUGGACCUUCUACCUUCCUCCCCACCUCAUCCCUCUAGAGCUUGGUUUUAUUUCUAACCUGACAUUUUGUGAGAGCUUUCUGUUACGGUGGAAGCCACGCAGUUUAAACCAGACAUUUAAACUACAAAUACCAGUUCAUCAUUCUGUGUAUAUAUAAGAAAAUCCAAAAAGGCAACAUCUUUGAGAAGAAAUAAAAAGGGGCGGGAGGCUACGUGUAGUUUUCACUUUUUCUCCUGGGAGUGUUGGCUGCGUAAGAAUAUAUCACUGCAUAAUUUUCCAAAGAGCUUUUUUUUUUCUCUUCUUAAUAGCUUCAUGUAAAGAUUUACAUAAAAAGCUAGAAAGAGCGGGGAAGAAGUGAGUGCUCAGUUCUGGCUAAGAUAUAUUCUUUUUAAAAAAACUGAAAUCUUAGCUCCCCAGAUCCCUUAUUACUCACCAUUAAGGGCCCAUGUCACUGUGCUUAUUGAGAAUGAGAAGAACCCUGCAGCACAGAGUCCUUUUGAUAAGCUAAUGUGCAGAAAGAUACCAAAAGCUGACCUAAGAGAGUCUAACACUGGUUGUACCUGCAUAAAAUCUCCAAUCAGAGCUUCAGUGUGGCCGCCAUUAUGUUUCAUGUGUAUUAAAAACUUUCAUUGCCAGAUGUACGUUUCUCCUUGCCUAAGGAUGGACUGGAUUGCCCUGCAGCAGCACAGCCUGUAGCAUGGACCUGUAUAUUAUUUGGAUGUACCAUUAUCAGCAUUCUUCUCAUUGUUCUCUUCUCACUGGUCAUGUGAUGAGGAUGGGGAGAACAGGGAGGUAAUAAUUUGCUACUUGUCUGACUUUACAGUGAGUUGUGGGACCUCCGGGGUAGGCUUAGGUGUCCUGGCUGGUGUAACCAGCUCUAAGAUUGGUAGUAGGUACAAAGAGUCCCUUUUUUUUCCUUACAGACACUGUACUGAUUUGUAUCUGUCACUGUCAUGUUUGUGCUCAUAAUUUGAGAGGUGUAGGGAUUAGGGUUUUUUUAGCACAUUUCAUCCAAUUUACCUAAUAGCAAGUUAGGAUUACAUGUCUGACUCUAACUGCUAGGGCUCCUCCAACACCAUGAAAGAAAACAAUACUGACAACAACAAAAAUACCCAACUCAGUUAUAACUGAGUGUCUUCCAGUCCUCUGCUGUAGUAUUUGUUAGCAACUUUGUGACUUAAUUAUCAGUUUUCUCCUGAAAUCUUCAAGAAAUAGCAGAAAAACCUGGUGACUCAAUACCUUUGUUUUAUUGCUUUGUUCCACCAACUUCUCUCUUGUCUUCAGUCUAUGACUUCUCCCCUAUCUCUGAUAUUUGGAAAGUGUGAGUCUCUCAUUUAGAUAUCACUCCAGCACCCUCUCAGUGAAGACUGAUGCAAAUAAAUCAUUUAGAUUCUUGGCAUUGUCCUUAUUGUCUUUAAUUGUUUCUUCUACUUAUUGUUUGGGGUGGCCUACUGGAUAUCUCCACUUCUCUGCUUUUGUGUACUGAGCAAAUGUGCAUUUCAGCUUUAACUUCCUACUGUUUGCUCUUCAGACUCCCUCUUAGCUUCCUCAAACUCUGUCUUAACUAUUACAUAUCUUCCUUUCAGCUUUAGAAUGUUUUAUUUCCAUUCUCUGAAGGUUUUCUAUUUGGCCCAAAUAACUUCUAAAAUUUCCAAUUGAGUUAUAUCAUUGUCUUCCAAUCCUUGUCUUCCAUUCAUCUAAGGGAUAUAAUACUACAUGGUUAUUUAUAAGGCCCUUUCCGCUUUUAACGUGAGGAUUUCAGUUUUUCUGUUCUUUUUAAUUAGGGUCACCGAUUCUUCCUUUAAAAAGGUAAAGAGGGCUUUGUUCUUAAAUUUAUAUUGAAUUUCACCAUACUAGGUUUUGAGAGUUUGUAUUUUCCUCUUUAACCUUUCUAAAUGCUAACCUUUUCCCAAUCAAGGAGUCAGAAAUAAAAUCUUACAAAAGUCUUUUGUUCCUCUAAUUUGGGCUCUUAUCUUGACAUGUUUUGUUCCGUGUCUCCCUUUUCCCUCUCCAAUACAAAACAGUGGCACACAGGAGUCACUGGAAACUUUUCAAGUCCCAAAACCUGAACUGUGUAUUUUCCAGCAUCUUUUGACAUCCCACCACAUUUCAGGCUUCAUUGUUAUUCCAAAUAAUAGUCUGCUGCCUCGCACGCAGUCCUCCUGUUUUUGUUUUCAUGCUUCUCCCUUUGAUAUAACAGGCUUUACAAGUUUAAGUCUUGGGCAAAGCACUUAUUUAAUACCUUAUUGUAAGGCUCUAAUGUGUUUCCAUGAUUUUUCUCUGUUGUCACAGUGUAUAUAUAUAUAUAUAUAUAUAUAUAUAUAUACACACCUUCAAAAGUUUGGCUGUAGUUUCCAUCCUAUCAAUUUCUACCUAAGGUUCAUCUACCUGGCAGACCUAGAAAAUAUCAUUGUUUAUCCUGGGUAGUCCUUAAUACCUGUCUGAUUUUUAUUUCCAAAUCUUUACUUUUAGUAAUUCCUUCCAGGCUUGCUAGUUUCCUAUGCAAGCAAUCUGGUUCCACUUCACAAUUUUCAUUUUUUUUUCCCAUUUGUAAUCAUCGUCUUGGACUCUGUGACAGAAAGGAUUUAGCAGCUGUACCUGCAGUUCCAUCACUUUUGUUAGACUGAAUAUGACAUAUGCUCACUAAAGUACUGGUAGGCUUCAUGUUGUUUAUUGGUAAAUCAUAAACUGCAUUUUUCUUUUACUGCAACAAGCAGAGACACUUCACAGGGUUAUUUGCAGUAGCUGUUGCAGUAGAGUAAGCUCUGUGUUAGAGGGAGAAGCACAAAAACCUUGUCAGGAUUGUAGCUCCUGUUUCUCUCCGCAGGGGAAAAUAAGGCCCUAGCACAGCUGAACAGUUUUAUAAAUGCCCUGCACAAAGCACAUUGCACAUCAUUUUCUGGUAGGUGUAAUCGUACAUCGUCCAAUUAAAUAUGAAAAAUACAUUUUUAAUGUUCUCAUUUUUAUGUGCAAUUCUAUCCAGAAGAUAAUGCAUUUCCUUCUCUAUCUUGCCAGUUUCUCCCAUUACUCCAGCCUGCCUAAUAGCCCCAUCUGUUUUCAGCUGAGAAAGAUUAAUGACCAGAAGCACUGGGAGUCCUGGCAAAUCAGCAGAGAUAUUACUCUUAGACAUUGCUCAGGAUGUUCCUUCCUACUCUGCCAGAUACUGUAUGGGUGUUCCUCAGGUUUCAGGGCAGCAACAGCAGAACACAGCAAGCUCAGCAAGUGGGGUGAGUGUCAUUCUUUAUGAACUUCAGCCAGGUCUAAUACAUUUGAUGGUGGGAGUGUUAAAAAGAGAAUGUAUCACUGUUAGCUCAAAAAAUAUUUCAAUUUUAUUUUAAAAAAAGCAUCUAAGUUUCUGCAACCACAGUGAGUGAGACUGGAACAAAUGAGUCGCUGGUAGACAAUGCCAGCCAAUAAUCUAGUAUUUCCACUGCAGAAUUGAAAAGGCAGAAGCAUUGAUAGCUAAAUGAAGUAAUUUCUACACUAGUAAUUCAUAACGUAUAUUUAGAUGGUGUGUUUACAUCCAAACACUUCAGGGAAUUGGGGAUUAUUUGAAGGUUGCUACUUUGUUUCACAAUAUAAAACUGCUUAGAAAAACUUCUGGCUGUGAACAGCAAAUUAUGGCUCUGGAAAUGCUUGCAAAUCUGGGUUUAGAAAUACCUUGCUUCUGUAGGAAUUUGUUUUCAUCAGUACAUUCCCAAAACAAAACAAAAAGUCCUUGAGAAUUUCAAAAGGAGCUAUGUAUGCAUCAGGUGGCUGGAACGUUUUUCUCUUACCACUACUUGGGAUUUGGGGUUUGAUUACUCUACCGAGCAGAAUUAUUAUGAUGAGUUGAAAAAAUAAUCUGGGAAUUAGAAAGCCAGGUAAAUACUUAUUUGUGUUGUCAAUCAUAUGAACGUAUUUGUUCAGACACCUUAGUGGAUACUCUAGUGGAAGUGUUAGCUCAUUGAGGGUGUCAGGAUGCAAAAGAUCUUAAGCCCAGGGUAAGAGUUUAGUAUCCAUUCAAUCAUUCUGUAUAGUUUCCUCUCAUGUAGUGAGAACAGCUUCCUUGCUCCCAGCAAAUUACUGUUUUUUUAGGGUUAAAAUGUCCUAAAAUUCUGCAGUAUGGAUCUGUGGAAGUCACUGUGCUGGUAGCAAAGGCUGCAUUUGAGAGCUCCAUGGUCCAUUGCCAUGAGACACAAGAUUUCGUUUCAAAAGAAAUAGUUCUGAUCUGGGGGUAAUUCUCUGACAAGGGAUUUAGACACCCUACCCCCACCACAUAUAUUCAAGAAGUCCCCAAACACAUAAGACCAAGUCAAACUAAGCCUGUUUCUCAGUAUUACAGCAACAUAAUUCUCAGCCAACUGGAUGUGUGAAUUUUCAACAUUAGCCAUUGUAUCACAAGACUCAUGCAAAGGCUGCAGAGUCAAUCAUGUGGAAGUUGCCGGAUCUGAAAUUUCAAGUUGCUGGUGGACCUAGUGACUUGCUCAUACAACUUCUUUCUGUCCCCUGGCACAUAUGUAGUAGGACAUGGUCUGCACAAUUAUUUUCUCAAGGUUUUUUUAGAGGACUUCUCUUUCAUUCUGUGCUCAGAGAGGAUGAUAUUCAGAUGAAUGAAGCAGCUAGGUGAUACUUCUUUUUACUUUUGCUUUCACUGAGCUUUUCAUAAUACGAUAGCAGCCUUGAUUCUGAGCAAAGCGAGACUUUUUGUUUCAGAGGAUAGGUAUAAACUGUGGUUUAGGAAAAUCAGUUAUCCCCCAUGCUCUCAGACUUUCUAAGCAGAACACCUGCAGUUCUGUUCUACAAGCUUUUCUUAUUUGGAGGGAUCCUGUGGAGCUGAUGGAAAUUAUAUAUUCAGAGGCCUUGUAGCACUCACCCCCAUCUUAUGAAUGAUAACAUCUGAACUUGCAAAGGUGAUGAAUCCCAGCUCUGUCCAAGCAUGUCUGGGAGCACUCUAAAGGUUAUCAGCAGUCUUGUCAGGUAAGCACUGAAAAAUGGAGUGAAUAAUUGGGAGUAUGAGGGGUUUGUUUUAAGUAGCCAUAUUUCCAGAGGGAUGAGGAAGACAUAAGCAUUCUGAAGUCCCUCAGAAGAUCUGUUCAUAGGAUCUGUGGGUUGGACUAAGCUCAUUCUGGAUUUGAGGCAUUUCUUAUCCAACACUGGCCAGUGUGGCCCACCUGCAGUAAAUUCUGUGGAUUGUAAAAUUUGUGAAAGUCAGCACUGAGAUUAAACCAUUCUCAGCUCAAAGGUGUUGAAUUUGUUUCAUUUCUUUGGAUUCCCAUACUUGUCUUUUGGUGCUCAUAGGAAAAA